CAAAAAACUUCCGUCGCCGUCGCGCUUUAAUCUACACGAGCACUUUCCGCCCUGCUUCUCGUCAGUCGCGGCCAUGGCUUCUGCUGUUCGCCUCCACUUAUCUUCCCUUAUCAUCUCUCACUCUCUCCUACCUCGUCUCAGCCUCCGUCUCCGCCCUCCUCCUCCGUCUACCUCCGGUCGGCUCCGUCGCUUCUCUUUGACACUUCCGUCCGCGCCCUCCGCUGUCCGGCACGAGCCGCCGUCGCUGCCGGUUCGCGCGCAGGCCAAGCGAGGCUUCUCAUCCAAGGACGGCGAUCUCGCUUCGGCUGAUGAUAUUCAAUUCGAGGCUCCGCUUAAGAUAGUGGAGUAUCCGGACCCUGCGCUGAGGGCGAAGAACAAGCGGAUUGGGACGUUUGACGACAAUUUGAAGAAGUUAGUGGACGAGAUGUUCGAUGUUAUGUACAAAACUGAUGGUAUUGGACUCUCGGCGCCCCAAGUAGGGAUUAAUGUCCAACUCAUGGUGUUCAAUCCCGUUGGCGAAAGCGGGGAGGGAGAGGAGAUUGUUCUUGUGAAUCCAAGAAUAAUUAAAUAUUCCAAAAAGAUGGUGCCCUUCAAUGAAGGUUGCCUCUCAUUCCCUGGUAUUUAUGCUGACGUGCAGAGACCAGAAAGUGUGAAGAUUGAUGCUCUGGAUAUCAGUGGGGCAAGGUUUACUGUCAGCUUAUCUGGUCUUCCUGCAAGAGUUUUCCAGCAUGAAUUUGACCAUUUGCAGGGGAUUGUCUUCUCUGAUAGAAUGACUGAACAAGUUCUUGACAGCAUACAUGCAGAGCUGGAGGCCUUGGAGAAGAAGUAUGAGCAGAGGACAGGAUUGCCCAGUCCUGAACGGAUAGAUACACGUAGAAGGAGGGUAGCUAUUGGUUUUGGCAAGUCAUGAUUUUAUCUGAGGCUUUGAUACUCAGAGGAAAGCAGAGAAGCAGCUAAGUGCCUGUUUUGGCCAUAAAAGAAGAAAAGAAAUUAAAAGAGUAUCGAUGUCCACACCUGUGGGGUAAAUUAGUGUGAGCUGGUCUUCACUAAAGUGCUGAGAUAAUUACUGUUUUCCUCAGUUUUGUGGCGCCAAUUUGCUUUUGUUGGAAUAACAACUAACUGUGAAACUUGCGGCAAUGUUUCUGGGGUUAUUGCAGAAUGAUAACUCAGAGGGAUAAUUCUCGGGAGUAAUUUCCAGGAAGCAACUGAUUUAGAUAUUUCUUUUUCAUUUGGAAGAGUGGGAAGAUGCACGGUGCAGGUAGCGGAGGAUCAGAAGUCAACAAGUUAGCAGGCAACGUGAAUUGAUGUUUUGGUUGUAGAUUUUCUCAUGAUUGAGAGCAACAUACAUGAGUUGUAAAGGAUUGAGACUGUAAAGAUUUGUGUCCAGACUGGGUCCGUGGUUCUCAUCUUUUGAAUGUGCUUGUAUAAUCCUGCGAGGGAAGUGCCGGGUUGUCUCUCCAAUUGAAUAUUUGGCUGAAAUAUUCAUCAUGGUUGGUAAUGGACGCAUGAGUUGUAAAGGCUACACUUGGUUAUCAGAGAACAUUUAUGCAAUUAAUUGUCC